UACCAACAUGGCGGCUAAGACGGUCAAAGAACCUCCGUCAAUAGCUUCCUCCCUCUAUAAAAAACCCUCAAAACCUCCAUUUUCUGUAUCCAAUUUCACUCCCAUCUUUUUCAUCCAUCGACUCAACAUUUCAUCUUAGAUUUUUCAUCCUCAAAUCCUUCACUAUGACGCCGAUUUCCGAAACCGAUGCCGGCGAGAUGUUCGUCAGAAUCGCCAUGUUCGUCUUUGUUCAGCUUCUUGUCUAUUUGAUUCUCUCCAAAUCCUCCAACCUCUUCUCCAACGACCAGAAAUUGAGAUCUCUCAGCUUUAAACCGGCUCGUUCCGUCAGUAUUCGCCGGUUUCUGGCUGCUCUUUCUGAUCUUCCUCCCGGCGGUGAGCUUUCUCCGUCGUCUGUUCGUCGCGGUCGUUCCGAUGACGGUUGCAAGUUGUAAAGAGUCGAAUCGAUCGGAUCGAAUUGAAUUGGUUCCGAUUGACAUUUUCUGGGUUAGUCAUGUAAAGUGAAAAAAGAGUAGGGGGUGAUUUAUGUUAUUUGUUAAAAGUAGAGGGGUUGGUUUGGUGAAUUCUGAUUAUUUGUAUUUGUUAUUUGAAUGAUUCUUUUGUUCUUUGGUAAUGGUAAUGCAAAUUAUUUGACUUA